UCUCUCAUCGGACUCUAUAUAAUUUACAAUUUACAUUGAAGUAGUGUUCAGGCCAAAUUUACAUUGAAGUAGGGAGAAGGCCAUUGUUUCUAGGGCUCAACUUGUGUCUCUCUCGAUAACGCCGCAGACUGCAAUUUUGUGACGAAAUCAAUCAAAGGGUAGGGAUCUCUGCAAUUUUUUCAAAUCGAAGAACAGAAGGUUACGUUAUUUGUUGUGAAAGAGAUGGAGAACUUGUUCAGCUCCUUCGCGUCAGGGCCUUCGGCUUGGAGCUACGAUACCCUGAAGAAUUUUCACCAGAUCAGUCCUCGUGUUCAGGACCAUCUCAAGAGGGUUUAUUUGUCACUAUGUUGCUGUAUUGCGGCUUGCGCGGUGGGGUCUUACUUCCAUCUUCUAUGGAAUAUCGGUGGGCUCCUGACCUUCGUUGGAGGGAUUGUUUCCAUUCUAUGGCUUCUGUCUACAUCCUCUCACCCUCGUGAAGAGAAGAAGAGGUUGGGUCUUUUAUUGGCAUCUUCUUUCUUUCAAGGAGCAACUUUGGGACCUCUGAUUCAGAUGGUGAUUGAACUGGAUCCAAGCCUUUUGGUGAGUGCUUUUAUGGGCUCGGCCAUAGCUUUUGCAUGCUUCUCAGGAGCAGCAAUCCUCGCCAGACGCAGGGAAUACCUCUUCAUUGGAGGACUUCUCUCUGCUGGGAUCAGCAUCCUCUUUUGGGUGCAGUUCGCCUCCAGUUUAUUUGGUGGCUCAGCUGCAACCUUCAAGUUUGAGCUUUACUUCGGGCUUCUGGUGUUCCUUGGGUACAUUGUCUUCGAUACUCAGCUGAUCAUAGAGAAGGCUCACAUUGGGGAUUAUGAUUAUGUCAAGCAUGCUCUUGAUCUCUUUGCUGACUUCAUUGCUGUUUUUGUGCGCCUGUUGAUCAUUAUGGUGAAGAAUUCUGGUGAGAAAUCAGAGGAGAGGAAGAAAAAGAGGAGGAACUAAGCAAUGAUAAGAGAUGCUAUAGAGUAUCGCCUGUCCUCAUCAGUCGAACUCUUUAAACCUGUGAUUGUGGUUAGCAUGACUUUAUUUUGAUCCGAGUCUUGGUUUUAUUAAAGUACUGAGAAGACGGUGUUCUACUGUUUUUAUUGGCUUGAAAUUUGUAAAUACGUCCCUUUUGAGUAAAGGGUUUAACAAUGGGAAUUGAAACAGCCUAGUGGCGGGUGGCUUGGUGCUAAAUCAUAAAUUAGGAAAUGGAAAAUUGUUUCAAGAGGGCUGGACUGCA